GAGAUCUAUCAUGGCCACUGCCACUUUUGUCAGUCACCCUGUGCAUUCAGAUACCAACUCUCUUAUCCCAUUCUAUUUUAUAUGAAAAAAAUAAUUCACACUCUUCUCGACUCUCUCUCUCUCUCCUGAGCCCAUUAUUAUGGGUUUCCGUAUAAAAUUUGUCAGAGACAAUAGCUGCCAUAAAGGCAGAAGAAGCAGAGCAUAGUAGCAGCAGCAGCAGAUGCAUCAGUUUUUGCAGUCAUAAAUAUAUAUACAUAUAUACGUGCACACUCUUCUAAUAAAAAGUUAAAGAAAAAAAAAAGUCUAUUUGAUUUUUCUUAAUUCGGUCCCUUGUCUUUACUUUUUCUUUCAUUUCCAUCUUCAUAUGUAGAUCAUCAAUAACUAGAGAAGAAAAAAAAGAAAGAAAGAUAAGAUGAUGAGUAGAGCAAGUGGAAGAUAUCAUCCAUUCACGGCAAGUCAAUGGCAAGAGCUUGAACACCAAGCACUUGUAUACAAAUACAUGAUAUCUGGUAUCCCAAUCCCUCCUCAUCUCCUCUUCACCAUCAACAGCAAGACUACUCCAACUGAUUCUUCUUCUACAAAGCUCCUCCUUCCCCCUCCUCAUCCCUCGUCAAUUGGAUGGAACUGUUUUCAUCCCAUGGGAUAUGGGAGAAAGAUAGAUCCAGAGCCAGGGAGGUGCAGAAGAACAGAUGGAAAGAAAUGGAGAUGCUCAAAAGAAGCUUAUCCUGAUUCAAAAUACUGUGAAAGGCACAUGCAUAGAGGCAGAAACCGUUCAAGAAAGCCUGUGGAACCCCCCAAAACAGCACCAUCCUCUGACUAUUAUCAUACAACUGAUCUCCUUUCUUCAUCAAGACCUUCUCAUGUAGUUUUGUCAUCAUCUCAACAACAUCACUUCUUGUUGGAAUCUACCCCCACAUACAGAAAAACCUAUGGAAUCAAAGAUCAGGAGAUAGAUGAGCAUCCAUUUUUCUCACAAUCACCUUCUGGGACCAUCAACAAGACUUCAUCAUCAGGAUUGGGUGAUUCUUGGCAAGCUAUGAACAACUCUUCCUCAAAGCACACACCUUUUUCUGAUUUUCAUCAAAAUAACACUCCUGGUUACUUAUAUACUACUACUAUUACUAAUCAACAUCAGAGUUACUAUGAUCAGUUGGCUUUAAAACUUGACAGAAAAGAUGAACCCCAGCACAAGGUAAUGCAUCAUUUCUUUGAUGAAUGGCCACCAAAUGAUGACAAAGAUUCUUCCACAACUCAGCUUUCUAUUUCCAUCCCCGCCAGUUCUGCUCAUGACUUCUUCCUCACCCAUAAUGGUAGUGUUUAUUCUUUUUUAUACGUUCGAUCAUGAGAGUCUAUUAGACCAGACAAUCUAGGCAUCAAAGAAAAUUCUAAGAAAAAUCCUACAAACAAUUUGGAUAGAGCUUAUUUAAGGAUACUACUACAGUACCCGCACAAUACUACUGUGUAAUGACGACGGUGCUGGUGGAGGUGUAAUGGUGAUAGCGGCGGUGACACUAGGUGGUGGUGCACGGUGGUGGUGGUGACGCGUGAUGGUAGUGGCGGCAGAGUUGGUGGUGGCGGCGAUUGGUAAUGGUGACGAGUGGUGGGCAAUUAUUGGUGGCGUCGGGUAGUUUAGUUUAUUAAUAUAAUGUGGUUUUAAUAAAUUGUAAUUUAAUUGUAGAAAGUUAAAACUU